AGCAGCUGGUGGCUGAGAGGCUGCAGAAUUAUGGGAGCUUGUAACACAUUCUUAAGUGAAGGAUAACAGUGAUAAGCUUAUUGAAAAAGAACCCAUUGAUAAUUCACAGAAAGAUGUCUCCACUAUUUGAUGGUGCAUACAUAUAGUUUGAAAAUAGCUCUGGUAGACUUAAUUCUACAGCACUUCAAAAACUCUUCAAUCAUGGGCUGCCGUCAUGAUCAGGGUUAAGCUGUUUGUGAACUGAUACUGCAACAGAUGUCAGCUAUGCCAGAUCAACAAGAAGUCCUGAGCACUUCCAGUGAGGAGGAAAUGGACCUCAACAACAAGGAGGAGGAGGGAGAGAUGGGCGACAUGAAAACAAUGACCUUCGAGCCCGACAUUCUGGACAUCGACCUGAACCACCAGCGUAUCCAGAAGAUUGAGAACCUGGAGGGCUGCGUGCAGCUGGAGACGCUCUGCCUGCGCUGGAACCUGCUCACCCAGAUCGAGGGUCUGAGCUCGCUGGUAACGCUGACCGAGCUCGACCUGUACGACAACCAGCUGACCAAGAUCGAGGGCCUCGAGACGCUCGUCAACCUCACUGAAUUGGACCUGUCCGUGAACCGGUUCACUGUCAUCGAGAACAUCUCUCACCUGAAGAAGCUGAAGAAGCUGUUCCUCUGCAUGAACAAGAUCUCGGUCAUUCAGAACCUGGAGGGCCUCGAGUCGCUAGAGAUGCUGGAGCUGGGUGACAACAGGAUUCGGAAAAUCAACAACCUUGGUUCGCUUACUACACUGACCAGCCUGUACCUGGGCAAGAACAAAAUAAACAAGAUUGAGAACCUGGAUAACCUUGUCAACCUUCGUAUCCUCAGUCUUCAGAGUGACCGUAUCACAGUAAUCGAGGGUCUGGAUAGCCUGACCAAGCUGGAGCAGCUGUACCUCUCCUCGAACGGCAUCAGCCAGAUCGCCGGCCUGGAGCACAACACGCAGCUGAACACGCUCGAUCUGGCCUCUAAUCGGAUAGCCAAGAUCGAGAACGUGUCCCACCUCACCGAGCUGGAGGAGUUCUGGUGUAACGACAACCAGAUCUCGGACUGGAAGGACGUGGAUCAGCUGGCGGCCGCCACCCAGCUGCAGACUGUCUACCUGGAGCGAAACCCGCUGGCCAACGACGUCAACUACCGGCGCAAGCUGAAGCUGGCGCUGCCCUCGCUGACGCAGAUCGACGCCACGCUGACGCGAUAGUGCGUGCCGGCCGCCCAUUGGCUGCCGCCUAGGUCACCCACGCCGGUCAGUCUCAUAAAGGGCUGCGACGAAUCUACGCCACAGCGUCGGGCCGGGGUGGGCAGGAGGCUAGAUUUGUGGCGUAUUCGCGGACAGUAAUUCAAAAGAGUGUGAAAGAGCAGCUCAUGUCCGAGUAGCACUUUCGUUUCCAUUUCUGGUUUCAUUUCCGUGCGUAAACUGCAUGGUGUACUUCCACCGUAUGGCGCGGGUCAGCACAGUCUUCGUCAGGAACAGUGGCAUUUCCACGCUAGGCUUGAAAAGAAGGCGAUUCAUCGAGUGGAAGAGAUUAAAGUGUGUUUGCAUAUUAGCCGGCAGAUGAGAGACCCCUCCAGAUUCUUCCCAAACCUUGCUAAGAGCAUUAUAGAGUACGUGCCUGCUGGCUGCUAUGAUUUUGUGACAGUUUAUUGAAUGGAAACCCGCUUUGUUAGCCGAAUUUAUUGCGGAUGCAAGUGCCUCAGGCGGCAUAGGAUUCAUUUGUGUGAGAGAGUGCGUAAGGUAUGUAUGAAGAGCAGCAUUUGACUCGGGUCCGUCGGAGACACCCGCCUCCGUCGUUACGCGGCGGCCCUGCCGAGAGGACCGUCCCAUUCCCGCCUCGAUUCGGGUCUCGUUGACACAUGCAGCGCCGUGGCGCACCUCCAAAGCGUGAGUGUCCGGUUCGCUUCGUCCGCUCUGAUUGAUGCCGCUUUGAGUGAGAUGUCUUUCGUGUUAGGGUCUGUCAGUUGCUAAUGCUGUAUUACUCUGCUGUCAGUGAUUAUUUUUUAACAUAAUGCCGCAGGUUUAGUGGAGGUUGUCGUAAAGUUAGCACCAGUGUCGGUCUUUUGAGUUCGUCUCGUUUCAGUAUAGGCGAUGCGACAGGUCGCGAAUCGUUGAACUAAAUGAAAAUGGUCGAAAAUGUAGGCAAUACAUGCUUGAUGGAUA